AGAUCCCUUUGCCGUAAAUGAAGUAGAAGAAGACAAGCGGCUUUGUGGAAAGCAAGCGUAAUCGCCAGGACCUUUUCGUGGUCUUGAGAGUUUGUACACGGAUAUAAAAUUCACUUUGAAGACACUUGAGGUUUUUGAAUUAAGUGGCUGUAGACUCCAGUGCAUCCAGGUUUAAGUUAAGGAUUGUGGACGACAAUUUAAAGGCGGUCAUUAGCGAUCGAAUCGAAUAUUUUCAAGCAUUUGAGACCCAAGAAGAAAGAAACCAGUAAAGCCUUUGGAUCAAGUCAUGUCUCGCAGAAGAAGCCGCAGCCCAUCACCGGGGCGUUUUUCACGCUCCUGCAGCAGUAGCGAUCCGAGAGAUUUGGAGAGGCGCAUUUUUGUUGGGAAUUUGCCAACCUCCGACAUGGAAAAGAAGGAUUUGGAAGACAUGUUCAGCCCAUAUGGGAAGAUACUUGGCGUGUCCAUGUUUCGUGGGUUUGGAUUUGUACAAUUUGAACGUGUUGAGGAAGCCGAAGCUGCAAAGGCGGCCCAAAAGGGUCGAAUAUAUAAAGGUUAUAAAAUAGAUGUAAAUAUGGCAGUGGAGCGACGGCAAGCUAAACCUCAAUCCCAGCAGAGCCCUCCACGAAGGGCCCAGUAUGGAAGUUAUGGGGACAGCAAAGAUCCCCGGCCUCGGUCACGCUCACCCCUCUAUGCCCGUGAUACUCGGGACAGCCGUGAAUCUCGGGAAAGCCGUGAUGCACGUGAUGGGCGUGAGUCCCGGGACAGCCGUGAUGGGAGGGAUUCAAGGCCGGGUCGUGACCAUGAUUACCGGUACCGUAGCUCAGAGAGCAGAGACAAAGACCCCAGAGGCCCAGACCCCAGGGGCGUGGAUCCCAGGGGCCCGGAUCCCAGGGGCCCAGAUCCCAGAAGCCUGGACCCCAGAGGCCCGGACCCCAGAGGCUCAGACCCCAGAGGGCCAGACCCGCGAGAUCCCCCAUACAGCAGAGAAGACUAUGACAGAUACUUCCGCAGUAGCAGUGGUGCAGACGAGUAUUACCGGAGGAAGGAUGAACCCUUCAGAGAUGCUUACAGAGACCCCUGGAACGGACGGCGUGAGCCAGAGGCAGCAGAUGAUCGUGCUCGACCUGAAGAGCGUCGGCGUAAUGAACUGUAUCGACAGUACUAUGAAGAACUCCAGCGGCGCUACGACACGGACCGUCCUGUAGACUGCUCUGUGAUUGUCGUCAACAAGGCGCAAAAUAGGGAGUAUGCGGAGACGGUCGGGCGGAAGGUUCGUGAUUUGGGCAUGGUGGUGGAUCUGAUCUUCCUCAACACAGAAGUGUCACUAACCCAGGCUCUGGAGGAUGUAGGCCGAGCCCGCACUCCUUUCGCCAUCAUCAUUACCCAGCAGCACCAGGUCCACCGGUCCUGCACUGUCAACAUUUUGUUCGGCACACCGCAAGAGCACCGAAACAUGCCGAUGCAGGACGCCAUGAUGCUGGUUGCCCACAAUUAUGACGCCUACAAAGUUGAAAACCGUGAAAAAGAACGUGAGGAGAUUGCCAGAAAGGCUGCCAAGAUGGCGGACGACGUGUUACUCAGGGAGGCUGACAGAGAGAGCCAUCCUAUUUCUGUGCUCACCGCCAUCACACUCCUGUCUGAAAACAGAUUUGUAACCCCAGAGGAACUGGAUGGUCUCAUUGCGUACCUGAAGGACAAAAGAGCCCGGCUGCUGCGGAACACUGCAGACCCUCUCGCAGCUGCAGUCCAUGUCUCAGCUCCUACAGCAGUGCACCAUGAAGUUGCGUCCUCCGCUGCAGGACUUCCUCCUCCGUCCCAUUCUUCACUCUCUGCCCCACAGAGCAGCCACCUCGGCCUCUCAUCUGCUGCAAGCGGCGGUGCAAACCCCAGCCAUCAGCAGGAGCUGCAGGCUAAAAUCCUCAGCCUGUUCAACAGUGGCACGGGGGCGUCAGCAGGCGCUGCUGGCCCACCCUCCGCCUCCCAGACGCAGGGCUACGCCUCCCUUAUGCCACCCAGCUCCCAAAACCCAACCCGCCCACCCUUACCUGCCUCAGCUGCAGCCCAGGGCUAUGGCCCCCCGCCAGGCCGCAUGCCAGGUGCACCAGGUGGUCAGAGACCCCCCAGCUCUGCUUCAGGUAUCAAUUUUGACAACCCCAGUGUACAGAAAGCUCUGGACACCCUCAUUCAGAGCGGACCGUCUCUCAACCACCUGGUGGGCUCGGCACAAUCUCAGCAGGCACCCCCCAGGCCUGCACCAAGCAUGGGCCAGGUCCCACCUAUGUCCAUGUAUCCCCGACAUUACUAAAAGGUUGUAGUGAAUUAAUUUCUUCUCCUAAUGUGAGGUCCACUCUCCCUGUGACACAAGUAGACACUCAGUUCUCUGUGCAGUGAUUUACCAGCUGUGUAUAGGUAGAUUGUGUGGUUGGAUGUUUUGUAAAAACUUUUAAUCUUUUUAUUUUAUUUUUUAUUCAGAGUGUCGUGUUCAGUUGCUGAAAUUGAUUAAAUUUACUUUGAUGACUCGACCGGUCUACCUAAUGGUCUGCAUCUUCAAUUGUUAGCCAGAAGAUCAAUAUUCAGUCUUCUUACAUGUUGAACUAUGAGACAGUUGCAUGUGUCAAAUACAGUCUGUUUUGGUUUACGAUGGACUCGUUUUUUUUUCCAACCAUGAAUUAUUGUGUUUUAUAGUUUUGCAUAGUGUCUUUUUAAUUUGUAUCAACUGCAUUGUCAAAACAACAUGAUUAAAAACUCCAGACACAA